GAAAACUUCAUACCAGAGUCCAAAUCCAAACCUGAUGUGGCAUCGAGCGCUUCGUGGGUCUGUGGCGUCACAUCGCCGCGGCAUCUCGUCAGCUGUGGCGGUGACCACCCACAAACCGUCCUUCUCUGACAACGGGAAGCGGGUUCUGUGCCUGAAUGUAGGCAAUUUGGUGUGUAUCGAUGAGUUCCUUCAGCAUGGGUUCACUGUUGACGAAGCAUCCAGUCACGACGUGCUCGGGUCGUUGUCAACAUUUGGUCCGUCUCUGGCGCAGUACGACGCUUUGCUCACAGAUGACCACACAAAGCUCCCAAUGCACGAGAUCUUGACGCAUGCCACGCGGUUGAAGCUUAUUGGUAUCCCUGGCUCCCAAACAGGGCAUGUGAACCUAUUGGCGGCGACGAAUCGCGGUGUCAUGGUGCAAAACAUCGGCAAGAAACUCGCGGGCACGGCCGCCGUGGAGGCCGAGAUGGUGUUGAGCCUGCUUCUCCACGUGGCGCGCAAGAUUCCGCAGGCCAUGGCGGCGACCAAGCGGGGCGACGGCGGACGCGACGGCUUUUUGGGUCACGAAUUGCAAGGCAAGGCGAUGGGUAUUGUCGGGCUCAACGAAACCGGCCAACUCGUGGGCGAACUCGCCAGCGCGAUGGGGAUGCACGUGUACGCGUAUGAUCCCACCAUUUCGACCGAGAAUGCAGCGAGUGUGGGGGUGACCAAGUGCGCCAGUCUCACGGAGCUGUACGGCAAAGCGGACGUGUUGACGUUCCACGUCCCGCUUACCGGCCUGACCCGCAACAUGUUUGACGGCGCCGCGCUAGCUCAAUGCAAACCCGGCGUGACGUUGGUGUCGGUCGGUGGCAUGGAAGGGGUGAUCGACGAGGCCAUUCUUCUUCCAGCGCUCGCGUCGGGGCAGAUUGCCGGGGUCGCCGUCGAUCUGUCGACGCCGAGCGCGUGGUCCGCCGCCAUCGUGGCCCAUCCGUCGGUCCUCCCGGCGACGUCCAACUCGACCAAAGCCAAUCUCCCCGCCCGACUGUACAAGAUGAUUGCUGAAAACAUGUGUGCCACGCUGGACCACCGCGCGUUUGUUGGGAUUGUGAACGGCGUGUUCAUGCCGCUGACACUGGUACCCGAGAUGAAGCCAUUUCUUGCGUUGGGCGAAUCUCUCGGUCGAUUCCUCGUCGAGAUCUUGCCGACCCCCGCCGCCAUUGCCCACGUGACAAUCACGACGAAGGGAGGGCGGGAUAUUGACAUUACGGCGCCGAAAGCGCGGUCCGCCAUUCAAAACGCCGUCAUGAAGGGGUUGCUACAGCAGCAGCAGCAGCGUUCGGGGGGAAAUGCAGCAGCGACGUCACUGACUCUCUUAAACGCGAGUGUGGCCGGGAUGAGUCAAGGCAUUGACGUCCGCCUCACGGACGACCUGGACGAAGACAUCAUCCAGCACCUUAACAACGCCAUCCAAGUGCAAGUGGAGCUCCAAAGUGGCGAGAAAUCCGUCGUCAUGGGCAGUGUUUUUGGAGAGGAGCCGCGAAUCGUCCAAGUCGGUGAAUACAAUGACUUUCCCGCGUUCAAACCACACGGCACGAUGCUGUUCUUCAACAACGAAGACCGACCAGGGGCCAUCACGGGCGUGCUCGACCAGCUCGCUAAGAGCCAAAUCAACAUUGCCAGCUUGGGACUCGCUCGGCAACCGGAUAAACCCCAAGCCCUGGGCAUGCUAGCGCUGGAUUCCGACCCCGCCGACGACAUUGUGGCCAAGUUGCGGGCGUUGCAAGGCAUCACAAAUGUGCACGUCGUCCGGUUGUAAAAGUACAGAGAACGACGGAAAAAACGACCCUGUGGUACGAAAAUAAUACACCGCCUAUUGUAUUGGAAUUAUCAAAGCAGCAUUCCCAAUACCAAAA